CAAGCGGUCCAGUUCUUCACUGUUUUCUGCACUAUGAUGCGAUGUGUGCUACUGCUGGUGCUGUGUGCUGGGCACCUUCACCCUGCUGCUACCCACGACGACCACCAUCAGGAGAUGAGCUCCUCUCUUAUUGUGAAUCAACUGGCCAUAAUGAAGAUGAUGGGGGAUACAUCCAACUCUUGUUCUGCAGUUCCUGAAGAUAUAAUGGAGAAGCUUGAAGCUCAGCUGCAGACGGGCAAGGAAGACCUUCAGACAGCCACUACAGACAUCCUGGGACAGAUAACUGUUCUUAAGAAUAACACUUGGGCUGGUUUCGAAGAUUUGAAGGAAGAGUUGAGGAGCGUACUGGCGUCUACCAAGAUGAGGUGAACAACUACCAGACUCACGUAGAGUCCACCACCACCCAGAUUAACGCUGUAGAUACUGCCCAGAAUAACA